AUGCGAGAAAACGUCGUUGUUGAAACAUGUGUUGAAGAAUGUCCCAGUGGUACUUAUCAAGCAAAUGUGAUAAACCAGUUUGCCCGCGCUCAAACUGAACAAAGACCUUGGAUCUAUUCGUUAGGUCGUUUACUACCUGUCUGUCUCAGGGUCGUGGAUUUUUUUUGGUAUAUUGUUCACUGUUAUCAAAAAAUACCUAAAGACUCCUCAAAUGCUUCAAAUACCGUCGAUUAA